GGCACCCUACUAUAAGUACCAGAUCGCCAAAUUUGUAAGGAAAGGUACUUCUAUAGAAAGUUUCAAGUUCCAAACCACUAGAACUGAACUGUAUUUUAAUUAUCAGAAGGAGAUAUAUUUCUAAGAUGAUAUUCAUAUCUCAUCACUUCAUAACUUAACUAUUCAGUGCUUUCUAUAAACAAAUACAGCCAAAAAGAAAACCUCACAGCUCAUCCUUUCUCUUCUCCUCCUUGAUCGGCUCCUCAUGCAUCCUCUUCUUCGGAUUCCGAGGUAACUGCUCCUGUCUCCGUCUUUCUUCAGGGGAUAUAUCAUCUACAUUUGUUCCCUUCUCGUGAUUAUCACUUCCCUUCUUAACGAUAUUCUCUACUUCACCCAAUAUGCUUUCAUUCUCCGCUUGCGGUGUUCCCGUCUGCUCAGCAUCCACUGAUGACAGUGACGAUGAUGCCGAUGCGCUCUUCAAAGUAGCUCCAUUAAUCACCGCCGACGGCGUCUCUGAAAGGACACUAGCCCCCGAAUUACUCAGUGAUAACGAUGUUAGGGGCGAACCUGGUAUCUGGGAAGAUUUAUUUGCUAAACCUAUGCCGCCUAGGAUCGGGAAUAUCAUCCGAACCAUCAGUUUCAAGGGCAUCCAGAGCAACCACCAGAGAGGGCCGUAGAGUAUGCGCCGGAACACGAGCCAGAUGAUGGUUCCGAUUAAUAUGUAAAAUGCAGUUUCAAGGUACCAUGUAUCCGAUUUCUGUGAGCGGAGCAGCGAUAUUGCGAGCGAGCGGGACGAGGCGAGGAGUGUGUCGAGGGUACUGUACGAUUCCGAGAGCGAACUAAGCGCCGCCGUAGAUUGUUCUGGGGCCGGACUUGUUCAAUAUACACUCACUUGCUCUGCCCGAACAAACUAAAGGGAGGUGGGAAGGAAAGGGAGUCAAACCUAGUGUUUCCUGGGCAAACUGGCUCCUGGACAACUCCGCUUGCAUAAGCUGAUGCGUCCGCCGCAGCGCAGCAGUAAUAUCUUCCGCAGCACUGGCUACCAGGUCAUCAUGCGUAAGACCGGCACGGCCUUUUCGCCGCAUUCCCUCGCUGCCGCCCUCUCCCCCUUCAGCCCUAGCAAACAACAGCUGUCUCUCUUUCCGCCUCGCAGCCUCCGCAUUUCGUUUCGCUUGCAACUGCGCUUUGCGGAAUUGUAUCCUAGCACUAUUUUCCCGUAGCACAAGUCAGUCGAACGUACACAAACCAAACAAAGCCCCCCCAGAAAUAUCUAUAUCCAUUUUAUUUACCCACCUCUUCAAAUCCUCCUCCAGCUUCCCAACCACAACCACCACCCUCUCCCUCUCCGCCUCCAUAACUCCACUCUCCCUUUUCCUAUUCCGCGAAGAUUCCAACUGCUCCAGCUCAACACGCAGCAACUCCAUCUGCUCCUCCAUCUCCUUUAGACGGAGAUGGAUCUCCGCAGCAAGGUCGAGGCGUGCAUCGUCGCCGGUGCCUGGGGUAGCGGGCAGGUUUUGUAGACGUUGAAUUAGGGGGAUGGUUUGUUUGUGGGUUGUUGAGAGGGAGGUUAUGCGGGUUUGAAGGCCCGGGGAGAUCAUGAUUGCCGCGGGCAGUGCACGUAGGUUGUAAAUAUAAUGGGAGGUUAUACCUGCGGUGAUGUUUGCUUGAUUUCGGAUUAGAGUAUACCACAGUGUUCAGCAUAGUAAAAUGCUAACCUCGACCACCUCACAUGAUCCUAUGCCGUUUCGAUGUUUGUCUGAUUACGAUACCUUUGAUAUUAAGGCAGUUAGUUAACUAUGUAUCUGGGUGUUUAAAGCUGGCAAGUUGCGAUGCUGGCGAUGACCGGGGGAGAGAUGUUUGACAACAAUGCAAACACGGCACCAACUGGCAAUGUCUUGGCAUUUUCUUCCCGGAAUCUCGAAAAAGUCGCAACGCCGCAUCGAGAUGUCAGAAGAGGAGCAGAAGAACAGAUCCAAUUCCUCCACAUCCCAUCCUCUGCUUGAAAAUACGCCGCAUACGUCGCGUACCGUUUAAUCUGUAUCCGCUUUGAAUUCAUCAUCGCCUUCUCUAUCCGCUGAAUUGAUCCUUUCCACCGCCGGCUUAAAGCUUCCUACACACCCGGGAAAGCGAGCGAACAAGGAGGGGUCGGUCUUGUCACCCAUAAUCUCAAUUGAAGACAAGGAAACGAGCUACGGCAUUAUAGUCUAAUGAAAUAGAGUUCGUAGCCUCCCAAACAAAAAUAAAAUAAAAAACCACCCUCAAAACCAAACCCAUAUCCAAAAUCCAAAAAACGAAUUAACAAGCCACAAAAAUGCCCAUCCCCCUCCACACCAUAACCAGCCUCCGCACCACCUUCUCCCCCUUCAGCCCCCUCUCAAAACCCUGCCGCCUCUUCGUCUCCCUCCUCCAGAACCCCUCCACCUCCUCCCCAGCCUCCCCCACUCACAUCAAGAUCGACAUCAAGCACCUGCCGCGCGGUUCCAAGCAGCUGCCGGAGAUGACGGUGGGGUUCAAGGGGGGGAAGGAGCUCAGGCUUGAGGUUGGCAGACUAGGGUUGGGGGUGCGGGAUGUGGUGGAGGAGGUAGGGAGGGUGGGGAGGGUGUUGGCUAAGGAGGCGAGUUUGAAGGGGUAGAGGGGAGGGGGGGGGGGGACGUUUGGGCGUCCCGGGGGCAAGGGUGGGUGUUUUGCCUGUCUAUUUUUCUGUUGACGAGAUGGGAGGAGGGCUCUGUGUGGGCGUUGUGGAUUUGGUUUCUGUUACGAGUCUUCUGGGGACAAUGAUGGGGGAGGUAGGGUUUGUGUGAAGGCAGUGAGGGAGGGAGAGGAUAUGGAUUAAUAAACGUUGACGGAAAAGCUAGUGCAGCGUCUAUGAAAUGCAUAACUUGACGGGCAAGUCAGUGAUUGGGAGUCGACAUCAGUCAAGGACUGAUUUGUGCGGUAUCAAACCUGUGUAUAUUUGUAUAUUGUAUUAUUUAUCCUAGACAUAGCGGGAUAAGGCGUCUGUGAUGCUCAUUUUUGUUGCACUGUUAUUGUACAAAUUUUGUUUUUUCGAUAUUUCCCAUCUCGUAUAGCAAUUGCUGCGUAAUUUGAUUCUACUUUCCACCGUCUUCGCCUUGCCAGCCAGGAAGGAUCAAGUUCUGUGUAUAGCAGAGCAUCAGGACAAAGAGUCACAAAACUUGCUGUAUUUAAAAGAGAGGGUUAUAUUUUUUUUUAUAUAUUUUUUUGUAUUCAUGUCUAUUCAAGCCCAAAUAUGCAGGUGGUAUUUCGCCAUUAAAUAGCGCAGUCCAAUCCAAUCCAAUCCAUCCACCCAGCUUCCCAUCAUCACGCACUGGCUUUUUCCGAUUCUAUCC